AUGCCGGCCUUGCACACAUUCGUGCAAACCCCCUUGAGGCGACGCGCGUCGCCCUGUCGCCCUGGCCGUGCAACAUUCCGGUCCGAACCUCUUGUCGGAGUCGCAGACUUCAUUCUGCACUUUCCACUGGAUCCUUGGACACGUAUCCGGGAGGCGCCACUCACGCAAUGGGGCGCGGAACUGGGCGUCUGGGCCAGAGAAGUGCCUCGGGCGGCCAGCCGUCGAGCCCGGAAUGUCGGUACCGCAGCGGGUAUGAGCGCGCAUUCCCAUCGCGGUCGUGGAGGCGCAUUAGGCGCCCGACGCGCUGUCUAA